AUGCUGGAUGGUCAUUUAUUCUCCGAGGGGCCCGACAGCCCCCGGGAGCGCCAGGAUGAGGAGUCUGGAAGCUGCCUCUGGGUGCAGAAAUCCAAGCUGCUGGUGAUCCAAGUGAAGACUAUUUCCUGUCAUUACAGUCCCCGUGCCCCUCCUCGACAGACCAUGGACUUCCAGGCCAGCCACUGGAUCCGCGAGCCCCAGAGCCACACGUGUGGGCCGCGCCCGGGAUCCCUUGAGCCGCCUCCCCGCCGGCCCUGGGCCGCCCGGGUGUUGCAGGAGGCGACCAACUGGCGGGCGGGGCCCCCAGCCGAGGCCCGAGCCCGGGAGCAAGAGAAAAGGAAAGCGGCAUCGCAAGAGCGGGAGGCCAAGGAGACCGAGCGGAAAAGGCGCAAGGCUGGUGGGGCCCGAAGGAGCCCCCCGGGUCGGCCGCGCCCGGAGCCUCGGAACGCCCCUCGGGUGGCACAGCCUGCCAGGCUCCCAGCUCCAUCGCGGCCAGAGCGCCCGGGGCCGGUGGGGCGACCGCCCCGUCCAUCCCUGCAGCCGCAGAGCGACCCAAGGGCGGCGUGGGUGGGGCCCUGGGGAGGUCGAAGGCCAGGGCCCCCAAGCUACGAGGCUCACCUGCUGCUGAGGGCCGCUGCGGGGACGGCCCCACGCCGCCGCUGGGACCGCCCGCCGCCCUAUGUGGCUCCUCCUUCUUAUGAAGGCCCCCACAGGACUUUGGGGGCUAGAAGAGGCCCCGAGCCCUCCCAGGCGCCCGGCUCGUCAGCCCCUGCUCAGACUCCGGCCAGGACAGAGGGAGGGUGCACGAAGAAAAGGCUGGAUCCUCGGAUUUACCGGGACGUCCUAGGGGCUUGGGGUCUUCGACAGGAGCGGGGUCUCUUGGGGGGGUCCCCAGGCUGUGCAACAGCUAGGCCAAGGCUGGAGCCCCGCAAGGGGGCGGCAGAGAAAAGCCUGGGGCUGGCUGCUGCCGGCCUGAACAGUGGUAGCGACGGCCACCCCCAGGCCCGAGCUGCUGGGAACCCCGGCGGGGCGACAGCUUCUGCGGGGUCCGCCACCGAGACUCCCAGCCGCCCGCGUCCCGCUCCCAGGUCCAGGCCCCACCUCAAGGGCCCCGGGGAAGGGGAAGAAUGUACAGGACAGAGCGGGCUCCCCAAACCCUGGAUUCCCUCCCUGAAAAAGCAUCCGCCCCCACACAGCCAGACCCUCCCCAGACCCUGGGCUCCAGGAGGCACGGGAUCCAGGGAGGCCCUGGGUCACCGGGAGAGGGCCGGACCCUUGGAGGCUUGGAAGGCGCCCCGCCGCGCCCACACCCUGCCCCGCAGUUCCAGCGGCCCUGCUCGCGGAGAAGGCAUUUUCGUCAUUGACGCCACGUGCGUGGUGAUCAAGUCCCAGUACGUUCCGACCCCUCGAACCCAGCACGUGCAGCUUUUGCCCGCUGGGGUGCCACGCAUCGUGGGAGAUGCCCCCCGCCAGCCGAAGCCCGGCCAGGCGGCGGGGGCGGGGGCCGCGGGCUUCCCUUCCCCUUGCCAAAAGCUGCUGUCGAGCAGUCGCCUCUCACCACAGCCACAUGCGGGGCGCGGGUUCGAAGCGGAGGGCGGGAAGCCCGCGGACUCCUCUUUGGAGGAGCGCGCCUCCCGCAUCUUGGGGCUCCCGGUGGACGAAGUGAACCUGCAAGGCGCCCCCACGCAGCCGGGGAGCCUAGGGCACUCCGCCCUCGGCCCGGCGACGCCGGGGGGCGCGGGGAGUGCGGAGGGCUCGGGGGCAGUGGCGGGGGUCCCACGGCCCGCGGGGCGGGGCUGGGCGCGGACCCCGGGACCCUACGCCGGGGCCCUGAGGGAGGCCGUGUCCCGCAUCCGCCGCCACACCGCCCCGGACUCGGACUCGGACGAAGCUGCGGAGCUCGGCGCCCACAGCAGCAGCUCUUCGGAGGGAAGCGACACAGAAGCCGCCGGCGCCUCCUGGCGGAGCGAGCGGGCCGGGCGCCGGGAAGGCGGGAAGGCCGCACCGCCGAACGGCAGCAUCCGGAGGAUUCUGGGUGUCAUCAGCCAAACCGAGGAGGCCCUCUUUGGAGAGAGGAGCGCCAAGGGGACCCCACAGAGAGACAGGGAGCGGCAGUAA